CAGUUAACAGUUUCUAAUCACAAGAGGGCGUUACGUGUUUACAUUCUCAUGUGAUUUGCCGAAAAGAUGGAAGAGAAAUUAUUUGUAAGGCGUUUUUUCUUGAUUUCUUUACUCUUUAACAUUGCAUUAUGCUCAGAAGUUCCCGUAUUCCUUUGGGGAGGAAAAAGUUUAGAAAAACUUCCUUAUGUAUCAGCUAUGAAAACUUACAACGAAGAACAAUUUCAAAAUGAUUUUGUGGAAUCACUUCUCAAAUUAAAAGAGACUUUAAUUGUUUAUAGUCAAGAUACAUUAAGUCUUGAAGAUUUCAUUCAUUCACAAGAAAAGGAUAAUAACUUUCACUACUUAAAGAGCACAUUUGACAAAGAAUCAUCAUUAAUAAUUCCUUCAGUUGUAAAUCCAACUCAAAGUUUAUUUAAAUUAAAUAAAAAUUAUAAAAUUAAACAGCUGUAUUUAAAUGAAAGUUUUGUUGAUGAUAUUGUAUCUGCUGCAGAAAAGAAUGACAUUAUCAUCUUAUAUUCAUCAGAUAAUGAUGUGAUAAGUCGGACUAUUGUCCUAAAUAAAUUAGAUGAUUUAAUGAAGAAAGUGGAAACUUCUUUGAAAAAGCUUAAAAAAUCUGUUACUUACUUACUUACAGGAUAUAAUCCUUCUUGGAUUUACACCAAUUGACAAUGCUGGUUUCAAAUUUUCUCUCAAAAAGGCUCAAAAAAUUUUUUCCACAAUGUUGUUGAAUAUUUUUUUGUAACUGCUAAAAGCAAAUAUUUUUUUCAUACUUUGUGACAAUACUAAUAGUGCUAGUAGCAACUAAACCAAAUGAUAGCUGUAAUUAAUCUGAUUAUUUUUGCUACUAACCUAGUAACAAAAAAUAGCCUGAUUAAUUACAGCGAUUGUUUGGUUUAGUAUUAAUACAUUGGGCUUUGGGAUGUAGAUAUCUAUACAGUAUGUACGUAUAUAUGUAUAUAUAGCUAGUAGCAACUUUGCUUUAAUGGAGAUUCUAAGCAUUAUUGGUUUGUUUAUUGUUCAUAUGAUAUUUCACCAUUUUAAAGUGAAAUUAUUGUGUAAUAAUAGAAAAAGAAUAGUCAUGUCGAAUAAUAGCAAAUUAGUGAAUCCAACCAAAUGUCUGAGUUGUGAAAUGGGCCCUGAUUAAGAGCAAAGGAGGAGUGAAGCUGUAGCAUCUUGUUAUGAAAUUCUCAAUAAGAAGAAGACAUGGUUAAUGACUUUGGAUUCAUAUUUUAUGAAGGUGUAUAAUCCUCAGCCUAGCUUCCAGAACUAUUAAUUUAGCUAUAACCAUACUUGGUUACUUAUUGUGCUAGCUGGAGACAAUUCAGUGUGAACAGCUUAUAACGCUUACCCCAGCAUGGUGUAUAUAUGCAAAUAUCAACAGCUAAAGGCAAGGAUUGGGCAAAAGUCUGGGUAGUGUAACUGGUAGUACAACUCACAGUAAGCAGGAGUUUCAGGUUCAAAUCCCAUUUCAGGCCAAUUUUUUUUUCUAGAAUUUUCUAAAUUAAUUAUUAAGAUAUUAAUUUAAUUACAGUUAUUAAAUUUAACAAGAGAUGGUACCUAAUGCCUACCUCUAGUCAAAUUAGUUAGAAUUUGAUUAUUAAUAGUAGGAGGAAUAUAACCCAAUAUAAUCCUGUGAUUAUUUGGCUUUAAUAUAUAACUAUCAGGUUAUAUUAGAUUUUAAUACCAUAUUUUUGCAUAAUGACCAGCACGUUGCAUGUAAACGGGGGGCCAGCAUGCCAGUUAAACUGCGACUAAAAUAUAAAAAUUAAUCAGAUCUAACAAAACUAGUUGUUAAACAAAUGUUUAAAAAAAUUCCUUCAAGUAGAGUAAUAUAAUAUCAUUGUAAUUGUAGUAGUAGUAGUAGAUAGUUAGUGUGGACUACACAGACCAUUCACCAUAACCUUAAAAAUAACACCCUCUUCUCAAAUUUUACACAAAGCUGCUGUUAAUCCAUGUAAAUUGAGAUACUUUAUCCAAAGUUUCUUAAAUUUAAUAUGUUGAUUUUUGCAUUUUCUAAUAGAAUUAUCAUAAAAUAAACAUAAAAAAAGCACUUUUGGAAUUUACAAGUAUUUUAUGUCAUCAGAAAGAAGACAAAAUGAAGAAAUUAAAUGUAGUAAUAUAAAUGUAGUUUUUGAUGUAAUGCUUGACAGUUUCAGUUUUAGAAUAAAAAUGUAUUUGUUUUUAUCUGAUGUAACUUGAUUUUUAUAAUGCACCCUCUAAAGAGGGAUGUAUAACCUCACAUAGAGCAGUAUGUCAGCAUUUCCCUGGGAUAAACUGGCAUGCUGAUUUUUAACAUAUGGAAAUAUCUGAUUUCCUGGUCUCUCCGGAUAGACCGACAUGCCAAACAAUCCACAAAAAUACAAUAUAUGUAUAUAGAUAUACAUAUUCUUCCAAGAAGAAAAGUUAAACUUUAU